GGGAGUUCUAGAGCAUAAUUUGCAAGCUUGUGUUGAAUCUAGAUUUACGAAUAACACGGUAGCCGAUUUUGCACACAACAGACAGAUUAAAUAAUAAUUAAAUAAGCAGUCACCGCACUUAUUCGAUUUAUUAUGUGGAGCUAUUCUACUGUAGUUACAUCCAAGAAUUCGAGAAUGCACCAGCAAAAAGUCAGCAUAUGAAAGGAGCCAAUCGAAAUUCUAGCACGGCGUUCUUUAUCAUUGUUGCUGUAGCCGCCCUGCUGCCCGCAAUUCAUGCUUUAGAGCCGCGAAAUGCCACCAACAAUGAAUAACAACGGCCUUUCCCGUGAAGAUAGACUAAGCGACACUGAGGAAGCAACGGGGUAUAUUUUCACCAACCCUGAGCUGUGUCUAGACGCCCUCCGGACAGCGGGGUAUACCCCAGGAGGAGGACACAAAGGCUUGGCCCAAGUUGGAGACGCUGCUCUGAGGCUAGUUCUGGUCAUGGUUGGCUACGAGAAGGGAGCAUCAAGGGAACAGAUCAAUGACGCGUUAAGAGUCAGGGCAUCAAAUAUCCAUCUCGCUAGGCAGGGAUUCGAAAAAUGCUUGGAAAAAUGCGUGUAUCGAACCGAGGGGGUCGUUGUCUCUCAGAAAAUCAUGGCUACGACUGUCCAAGCCGUCCUAGGAGCUGUUUAUAUCGACUGCGAGCAAAACACCUCCGUUUUCCAGGGAGUGAUCAAGGCCUUGGGUCUCUCUUGGCCUGAGAAAUAAAAUGAUUCUGGUUCACUUCUAUCCCAUCUGUCAGCCGAACGAAGGGUCUAACCGUCGUGCGCUAGUGCCGAUGGCGAACUCCGCACUUGGACUGCAAGUGCCCAAGUUGCUACUAGCAAAUAGGAUAACAUACGAUCGGAAACAAGGUAAAAUUUUGUAAGAUGGCCUGGAGAAGGGGGCUUGUUGUUUUCGUGAGUGGGUUGGUAGAGAAUGUGGAUUAACGACCAUUAGUGUAUUUGUUCGACUGAAUGAUUUUCUGGAUGUAAGUUUAUUUGCGAGAUGUGAAUUUCUGAUUUCAAUAUAGCCAAGCGGUUACAAUAUACCGUUUGAUGCCAAAAAAAAAAAUCCUGUUCUUGUUAUGCAAUGUUCUCGUUACAACUAAGCAUCAGGAAAGUGGUGUCUAUAAUGCAUGCAUAAAGUCUUCAAACGCGCCGAACACCAGGCCCGACGCUGCCAGUAUCAAAAAGCUCAAUAAGGCCACAACCUAAGGUCUCUUCCAAAGCCCAUCGGAAGUUCAUCCCAUAGAGCUCUUUCCAUUUCUUUGUUUUCCCAGGUAAAACACCAGCAGAUUCGCCUCGUGCUCGUUUGGCGGCGUUGUGAUAUACAUCAGACUCAACAGCACCAUCCCAGCGGUCCUUAAGAAGAGUUAAAGGCGCUUCGCCGGAGCUAGACCUCUUGAGGAGAGCCAUUAUUUGUGUUCGAGCCGCUCCUAGCAGACGGAGGUAAGGACCCAGGUUGGGUAUGGAAAGAAACAUAGUGGUAUUUCCAAAUUUCCCUUGUCUGGAUGCUGCUGUUUCUUGCCCCGGCGACCCUGCGCUAGAAGCAUGGCUUCUUGCCGGGGAUGAGAUGGAGGCAAGAGAGGUGUCAAAAGAUGGAUGUUUACCUAAAGACGAGGGGGACACGAGAAAACCGGCUCGGACUAAAGCUGAGGUCUCCUCUGGCGUGAAGGUACCAGCUGCAACGGCAGAUGUCUUGGUAUUUUUGCACAAAAUUUCAAGGAAUUUUUCUACCCUCAGAAUCACCCAGCCCAGCAGAAUUUAAUCCGCGCCCGGGAAUGAAAAGCCUUCGAACCUGAGCAGAAUCAACGAGAUCAACGAUCUCUCUCUCGACUUUAGUUGGCGCAUCCAGUAACAUAUGGACAUGCGCAACGGAAACAAUAGGUGGGAGAGCACGGCGAAAAUUUAAAACCUCCGCGAUCCGGGUGCUGUUCAUCCCUGCUCUUUCCGGGAGGUCACUGAACAUAGUAUUGCGGAUAUACUGGACGGCCUGGAUUACACUGUUUACUACCGUUGUUUCGGAUAUAUAUUGGGAUGGGCCAAUAUCAGGGAGGAUACUAUCAUUGCUGCUGUCUAACGCCGUCUUGCCAACGGCAUUUGAAACGAUAGUAGCAUUUGGACUGCGGAAAGGUUUCGCGCGUGGGUGGCGUGCGAAUGGCGACUGACGCUUGGACGGAUGGGCACUUGAUGAUUUCUUGAUUCGCGAAGACUGGGCAGCUGUAAAAUGAAGGGACAUCACGCACAGUGUCCCACACACGGAGCCAGGUAUAUGGAUAAAGACGAUGCAAAUUCCAUUGAAGAAUGAAACGGGGCAAUUUAACUACUGGAUUCUGGAAGC